UGGAGGCGGCAGGCGGGAGGGGCCAGACGAGGUCGCGGAGCUACGCUGCGCAGCGUGGCGCGGCUGGAGGCCUCGCGGCCGGCUACCGGAGACCGGUGUGGGGCGGAGAAGCGCGCCUCUUAGCCUUCUCUCCGCGCCCCUGCGUUCCCCGUCGGCCGCCCGGAGAGGACCGGAGGAGGCAGGAUGAGAUGCUGCCAGGUGUGUGGGACGGGCUGGACCCCACGGCGGAACUGAGUUCCGGCCCCCGCUCCGCAGCUCCAGCUUUGACCGCCCCGACGCCCUUGGGAGAGCCUCUCGCGCGCAGCGAUGGGCAGCGUGUUGUACCCAGCCCUUCGUGGUUUUCCUGAAAGGGGCCUCUUCACAUCUCUCAUGCCUCCCCUUGCUUAUUAAGCUGUUUGAGAAACCUUUUGCCGGUGGCUUUCUAGAAGAUGACCAUAGAGGACCUUCCGGAUUUUCCAUUAGAAGGAAGUUCGUUGAUUGGAAGAUACCCAUUUUUAUUUCAAGGUUCUGAUACACCGGUUAUCUUUUCCAUUUCUGCAGCACCAAUGCCUUCAGACUGUGAGUUUUCUUUCUUUGAUCCUAAUGAUACAUCAUGCCAGGAAAUUCUCUUCGAUCCCAAAACUUCUGUAUCAGAAUUAUUUGCCAUUUUAAGACAGUGGGUUCCUCAGGUCCAGCAAAAUAUUGAUGUUAUUGGAAAUGAGAUUCUUAAGAGAGGUUGCAAUGUGAAUGACAGAGAUGGAUUGACAGAUAUGACUCUUUUACAUUAUACUUGCAAAUCUGGAGCUCAUGGUAUUGGUGAUGUUGAUACAGCUGUAAAAUUUGCAACUCAACUUAUUGAUCUGGGAGCAGAUGUUAGUUUGCGGAGUCGCUGGACAAAUAUGAAUGCUUUGCAUUAUGCUGCUUAUUUUGAUGUCCCUGAACUUAUAAGAGUGAUUUUGAAGACAUCUAAACCAAAAGAUGUGGAUGCCACUUGCAGUGACUUUAAUUUUGGAACAGCUCUGCAUAUUGCUGCAUAUAACUUGUGUGCAGGUACUGUGAAGUGCUUAUUGGAGCAUGGAGCAAAUCCUGCAUUUAGGAAUGACAAAGGACAGAUCCCCGCUGACGUUGUCCCAGACCCAGUCGAAAUGCCCUUAGAAAUGGCCGAUGCCGCGGCAACUGCUAAAGAAAUCAAGCAGAUGCUGCUCGAUGCGGUGCCUCUGUCAUGUGAUCUCUCAAAGCCCUUGCUUCCAAGUUACGAUCGUGUUACUAGCAAGGUGAUGCUGACGUCACUUGGCCUGAAGCUGGGGGAUCGUGUCGUUAUUGCAAGACAGAAGGUUGGAACAUUAAGAUUUUGUGGAACAACUGAAUUUGCAAGUGGGCAGUGGGCUGGCAUUGAGUUGGAUGAACCAGAAGGAAAAAACAAUGGAAGUGUUGGGAAAGUCCAGUACUUUAAAUGUGCCCCCAAAUACGGUAUUUUUGCACCCCUUUCAAAGAUAAGUAAAGCAAAAGAUCGAAGGAAGAAUACAGCACACACUCCUCCUACAAAAGCUGUACCUCUCACCAGGUCCCAGAAAAUUGAUGUAGCUCAUGUAACGUCAAAAGUAAAUACUGGAUUAAUGACAUCAAAAAAAGAUAGUGCUUCAGAGUCAACACUUUCAUUGCCUCCUGGUGAAGAAUUGAAAACUGGAGCAGAGAAAGAUGUUACCCUGCUUGCAUCCGUCAGCAGCUCCUCCUCCACAUCUUCUUUGGAGCACAAACAGAGUCACUCCAGGAAACUGAAUGCAAGUGGCAGUAACAAGAAGACAAUGAGCAAAAGCCCUUCCGUCUCAUCUAGAGCCAGUGCUGGUUUGAAUUCCUCAGCAACAUCUGUAGCAAAUAAUGCACGCUGUGAAGGAGAACUCCGCCUUGGAGAUAGGGUGUUGGUGGUAGGCCAGAGAAUUGGUACCAUUAAGUUCUUUGGGACAACAAACUUUGCUCCAGGAUAUUGGUACGGGAUAGAGCUUGAUAAACCCCACGGCAAGAAUGACGGGUCCGUUGGAGGUGUGCAGUAUUUUAGUUGUUCCCCGAGAUACGGAAUAUUUGCUCCCCCGUCCAGGGUACAAAGAGUAACAGAGUCCCUGGAUACUCUUUCAGAAAUUUCUUCAAAUAAACAGAAUCAUUCUUAUCCUGGUUUUAGGAGAAGUUUCAGUACAACUUCUGCUUCUUCCCAGAAAGAGAUUAACAGAAGAAAUGCUUUUGCCAAACCGAAGCCCGCUCUGCGCCGCAGCUGGAGCAGCAGCACCACGGCCGGCGGCCUGGAGGGGAGCGUGAGGCUGCACGAGGGCUCCCAGGUCCUCCUCACCAGCUCCAACGAGAUGGGCACCGUUAGGUACCUGGGCCCCACUGACUUUGCCUCAGGGAUCUGGCUUGGACUGGAGCUUCGAAGCGCCAAGGGCAAGAAUGACGGGGCAGUGGGAGACAAACGCUACUUCACCUGCAGGCCAAACCACGGGGUCCUAGUGAGGCCCAGCAGAGUGACCUACCGGGGAAUAAACGGGUCAAAGCUUGUGGAUGAGAACUGUUGAGUUAAACUUCUACAGUAUUAAAUGAGCGCGCGCGCGCGCGCGCGCGCGCGCACAUACACACACACACACACACACACACACACACACUAAAAUAAAGAGUCCAUGGCAAAUGGUUUACUUUAUUUAAAAUUUGAAAAUAGAGCUAUCUUCAUGAAAAUCAUUAUAACAAUUCAGAGAGACUCCUUUAAAAAGCUAGAAAUACGAACUGUGGGAAUCAUGGUUCUCUUAAAACAAUCUCAAAAUAAGCCUUUUUUCUUUUUCUUUUUUUUUUAAAGAUUUAAAGCUUUAGACCCAAGAGAAUUCUGAGACUUGGGAAAAAAUGUGCCAUUAAGUGACUGACUGAUGUUGCUUACUCCGUCUCAUUUUUGCACAGAAUAGUGGGUUUUCCAUAUGCCAUAACUGUGAAGGUUUUCACUAGCUUUGGUUAACAUAAGACGUUCACAUGACCUUUUUCUGUCAAGUAUUUCCGGAGUUUUUGUUUCUUUCUGUACUAAUAAGGACAGUAAGAGAAUAAUAGCUGUGUGACUAGGUAUUUUUCCUGUCUUUGGGUCAAGUUAUUUGCCCUUCCAGGAAUGCCUCACCUACAGGUACAUUAGGACUGUAGGUAAGGCAUUCCUGGAAGGGGCUCUGGAGCUCAGCCUUUUGCCCGCUGCCAGGUUCUAAAGCCGCUCUUCCUCACGCGGGGUCACAAGCUAGCUGGUUACCAGAGCUACAACUAGAACCUGGGUCUCCUGACCUGUGGCUCGGGCUCUUUCUGCUGUACAAAGCGUGUCAUCUCAGAUCUUUCUUCUGUGUUAGUGACUGCCUCAUCUGGAGGAACCACAGAAACCCAUGAUAAGGUUUAUAAAUUCAAGUCACAAUUAGAAUUUUUUGCACAUGCUUAAUUAACUUCCUUAUGGGACAUAUCUAUAAAACAUACACAUAUGAAGCACUUUUAAAAUAAAACAUGAUGCACUUUCCUCUUUGUGGAGAAUUGGCCAUCAUUUCCUCCAGGGAUAUGAAAAACAUUAAAAAAAUUAUAUUUAUGACAAGAGAGCAAAUUAAGAUGUGUUAAGAAUGUCGUAGCUAUUCAUUUAAAUGUUUAUGGUUUCUUGAUUUUUUUGUGUUAUUAUUCAUAAAACUGGUGUUGCGUUUGCUGUUGUUGCUCUUUUUAUAUUUUCAAUUGUUGCAGAAUUCAGCCUGUUAUAAAGCUGCAGAACUAUAUCAAGUUUUUAUUUUCCGUUUGAGCACAUGUUAACAAACUAAGCUUCAUAAUAGAGUGAUGUAAUAAUGCAGAACAUUUGUGUUGUGGAUAUGUAUUGAAGCUUGUCCUGUAUGUAUAAAGAUAUAUCUUUUAUUGUAGAUAUUUAGACUCUAUAAACUACCACAGAAAUAUUGGAACAGUUUGCUUUAUAAGAUAAAAAGCAUUCUUCAAAAUGGAGCUUGCUUUGUGUUUUAGAAAUAAUACAUUGAGGGGCCUCCCUGGUGGCGCAAGUGGUUGAGAGUCCGCCUGCCGAUGCAGGGGAUACGGGUUCGUGCCCCGGUCUGGGAGGAUCCCAUAUGCCGCGGAGCGGCUGGGCCCGUGAGCCAUGGCCGCUGAGCCUGCGCGUCCGGAGCCUGUGCUCCGCAGCGGGGGAGGCCACAACAGUGAGAGGCCCGCAUACCGCAAAAAAAAAAAAAAAAAGAAAUAAUACAUUGAACUAUUUUGCAAUAUACUAUUUAAAAUCUAAAUUCUCUUGCUUUGUUGCCUUUUUAAAAAGGUGUGAAAUUUCAAAUAUUGCUAGAGCUAUUUUCCUGAAAUACAUUUGCAAAAUAAGGCUGCUUUGUAAUCAAGGAAUAUUUUUGAUUGAAGAAAGUGAUUGUACUGUGAUUCAAAAGUAAACUUAUUUUAUUAUAUAGUUUAUUUCUUAAAAACUCUAUUUAUACCUUACCUUGAAGUCCAUGACUACACUGAACUUGGUUGUCCAUAAUUCUUCCUGUUAAAUAUAAAACCCUGUAAGUUAGUAACAGUAAUGCCAACACUGAAUUUAUUUUGAGGUCAGAGAACCAAUUGUUCUCAUAUUUAGAUUAGGAUUAUUAAAUCCAUGUAAUGUGUAUGUUUACAUAUACUAUACAUAAAACUUAGGUGUUUUCAUUUGUGUUUUGCUUAUGUCAUUCACAGUUCAUGUCUUGAGCAUUAUUAAAAAGGGAAGCUGUUUUGGUUUGGAGUGGCAUGUUGUCACUGACCCUGCCUGCAACUCUCCUCUUCUCAGGUACUCAGAGUAUAUAUGCUUUGUAGUUCACUUUUUUUCUUCUUACAGUAAUGACUUGGAUUUGUCCCAUCCUUACCCUAUAGCAGUGGUCUCCAACCUUUUUGGCACCAGGGACCGGUUUCAUGGAAGACCAUUUUUCCACGGACCGGUGUGGGGGGAUGGUUUCAGGAUGAUUCAAGCCCAUUACAUUUAUCGUGCACUUUAUUUCUAUUAUUAUUACAUUGUAAUAUAUAAUGAAAUAAUUAUACAACUCACUGUAACGUAGAAUCAAUGGGAGCCCUGAGCUUGUUUUCACUUGCCACUCACUGAUAGGGUUUCGAUAUGAGUCUGCAAGGAAUUGACUUACUGUGGUCUCUGUGCAGUCAAACCUCUCUGCUAAUGAUACUCUGUAUUUGCAGCGGCUCCCCAGCACUUGCAUCACAGCCUCAGCUCCACCUCAGAUCAUCAGGCAUUAGAUUCGCAUAAGGAGCACGCAACCUAGAUCCCUUGCAUGUGCUGUUCACAGUAGGGUUCGCGCUCCUAUGAGACUCUAAUGCCACCGCUGAUCUGACAGGAGGCUGAGCUCAGGCAGUAAUGUGAGCAAUGGGGAGCGGCUGUAAAUACAGAUGAAGCUUUGCUCGCUGGCCCGCCGCUCACCUCCUGCUAUGUGGCCCAGGGGUUGGGGACCCUUGUCCCCAACCUUGUCCUAUAGAGAGUCUUAAAAAGUACCAUGCUUCUACUCAUCAAAUGAAGUUAUGUUUUUAGCUACUCUCCGAUUAUAUUUUGAUGGACAGAGAGCCAUUUAAGAAAAGAAUGUAUUUCUGUGGUUUUCUAAAAUUGCUUAAUUAUCU